UGGCGGCGGGGGGACGGGGUGUGGGGUGCCCCGACUGCGCGCCUCCGGCGUCUGUUGCUGGUCUGGCGUGCUCCACGGUUUGGGUCUGACGCUCUGCAGCCCGCAACCUGAAAACUUUCCGACUGUUUCCGAAGCUCCGCGGGAGUCCCGAGGGCGUCCCUCCGCCGAGAACUCCGUUCAGGCACCUACGUGGCCACCCGUCCACCCUUCAGGGGUCCUCGAGCUUCUGCCCGAAGCUAAUUAAGCGAUGGACGCAGUAGCCACGGAGACUAGUCGAUUGGCAGGCAUGGUUUACCAACCGACUCGGGAAACUCCAGUCUGUGUUUGCCCAGCGCGUGGCCGGCAGCCCAAUUAAGAAAGUGGAAGCGCCAGAGGGGGCGGUCGCGGGGGCGGGUUGGGUCGAGGUGAUUCCCGAGGAUUGUGCGCUGGAAGCCGAGGCGCCCGCGGGCGUCCGCACGAUGCCGUGACGCGGCGGCGCAGCCCCGCGAGCGCACUCCGGCGGGCGGAGCCCGUCGGGUCCCGGCGGCGGCGUGGCGUGGCGUGGAGGCAAAUUGUUGUUUUGAGAGCUGUUCUCUCGAGGCCCGCGGCGGGUGGGGGAGGGGGCGGCGGCCGCCGGGCGGGCCUCGUGUGCGCCUGCGCCGGCCUCUCGGCCGACCGGGCGGCACGCACGCGCAUGCUCAGAGGACGUGGAGUCUCGUGGCCCGCGGCGGUGCGCCUGCGCGCCGAGAAGCCCGCUAAGGAGCGGCGCUGUCGGAGGUCGGGCGGGCAGGCGGUGACGUCGUGAGGAGAGCUUUAAAGUGCGGGCCGGGCCGGGCGUCCGAGGGUCCGAGCCAGAGUCGGGUCGAGUCCUCGCCGAAGCCCUCCGCGGCAUGAGGCGCUGUCGGCGCCCUUGCUCCUGGGGACGUGGAGAGGGUGGAGGAGGAGGAAGCCCCGCUGUCGCUUGUGCUGCAUGACCGGCCGCUGCUGAGGUUCGACCCCUUCCCGGCCCCUCUACGCCCCCCGCCGGUACCUUGACCCACGCAUGGGGGCCUGGCCCUGAGGACCCCCCCGCUUCCCUCUCGGGCCCCCGGGCGCGUCCCCCAAGAGCCAUGCCGGGCCUCCCCGGAGGACCCUAGAGUUGAGUUGCGGGGGCCAUGGCGGCCGCCAGCGGCUACACGGACCUGCGGGAGAAGCUCAAGUCCAUGACGUCCCGGGACAACUACAAGGCUGGCAGCCGGGAGGCCGCCGCGGCCGCCGCCGCCGCUGUGGCCGCCGCCGCGGCCGCCGCGGCCGCCGCCGAGCCUUACCCGGUGUCCGGGACCACCAAACGGAAGUACCAGGAGGACUCGGACCCCGAACGCAGCGACUACGAGGAGCAGCAAUUGCAGAAGGAGGAGGAGGCGCGCAAGGUGAAGAGCGGCAUCCGGCAGAUCCGUCUCUUCAGCCAGGAUGAGUGCUCCAAGAUCGAGGCCCGCAUCGACGAGGUGGUGUCCCGCGCCGAGAAGGGCCUGUACAACGAGCACACGGUGGACCGGGCCCCCUUGCGCAACAAGUACUUCUUCGGCGAGGGCUACACGUACGGCGCCCAACUGCAAAAGCGCGGGCCGGGCCAGGAGCGCCUCUACCCGCCGGGCGACGUCGAUGAGAUCCCGGAAUGGGUGCAUCAGCUGGUGAUCCAGAAGCUGGUGGAGCACCGCGUCAUCCCCGAGGGCUUCGUCAACAGCGCAGUCAUCAACGACUACCAACCCGGCGGCUGCAUCGUAUCUCACGUAGACCCCAUCCACAUCUUCGAGCGCCCGAUCGUGUCCGUGUCUUUCUUUAGCGACUCGGCACUUUGCUUCGGCUGCAAGUUCCAGUUCAAGCCCAUCCGGGUGUCGGAACCUGUGCUUUCUCUGCCGGUGCGCAGGGGGAGCGUGACUGUGCUCAGUGGGUAUGCUGCUGAUGAAAUCACUCACUGCAUACGGCCUCAGGACAUAAAGGAACGCAGGGCGGUCAUCAUUCUCAGGAAGACAAGAUUAGAUGCACCGCGAUUGGAGACAAAAUCCCUGAGUAGCUCCACAUUGCCACCCAGCUAUGCUUCAGAUCGCCUGUCAGGAAACAACAGAGACCCUGCGCUGAAACCCAAAAGGUCCCACCGAAAGGCGGACCCUGAUGCUGCCCACAGGCCCCGGAUCCUGGAGAUGGACAAAGAAGAAAACCGGCGCUCUGUGCUUCUGCCCACACACCGGCGGAGGGGAAGCUUUAGUUCUGAGAACUAUUGGCGCAAGUCCUAUGAGUCCUCGGAAGAUUGCCCAGAAGCAGCCGGCAGCCCCACCCGCAAGGUGAAGAUGCGGAGACACUGAGGCUGUGUGCCCUCCUGGGACUCUGGCUAAUCCUGAUGUAGCUGCCCCAUCUUCUGUUUCAUUUGAGUGUUUUUCUUUGUUUGUUUGUUAUUUUGGUCCUAUAUACGUUUUCCUUGCUUUGUUGCCCAUUAAGGCUAAAGAACAGAAUUGGCAAAAGACCUGGGUUCUUAGGUUUUUGGCUUUCCUCCUUGAUGAAAAAGGCUGUUAGCUUCUGUAGGGGAACACUCUUACCAGAGUAGCCAGUAGAGACAGUGGGAACAACUGUCUUCAAGUGGAACUCUGUCAGGCUAAGGUUAUUUAAACACACAAAAUGUUUGGUUAAGGAAUUCUUGUUUGGGCUUUAAAUGUAAAUCUUUGCAGUGUUUUAAACAAAGUCUAUUCUUUUGCCGGCCCUUUUUCCAUUUAUGCUCAUGCUUGGAUGAGGUCCCUUGGAGCCAUACAGGCCCUGCAUUGGGCCUGCUGCACCUACAUCUCACCUGCUGUCCAGGCUCUGGAAGCUCAUGCAAAUACCCCAUUUCCCACUAUUCAGGUUGGCUGGGUGUGGGUCUUAAACAGUGCCAGCCCCUGCCGACCCGUAUCAAGAGUCCCCAGGCUUAGUGCAUGCCUUCUGGCUUGCUCUGCCCACCAAUCCUGGGUGGUCAAGGGACUUAGCACAGUGGUCCUGACCUCUUUUGCCAAGAGCAUGCCUGUUUGCUGGGUUGCUCCUUUUAGGCAUAUGUGUGUGAUUGUAUGGAACAGUUAGACUUGCUGCCGUGGGUCAUUUGUAGGAAUUGUUUCUAGCUAGAGGAACUGAUUUGCUUCCAGUCUUGCAUUUGGGUUAUGGGAACUUGGGGUGUGUGGUAGGGCUUUGUGGGGUUUUUUGUUUUGUUUUUGUUUGUUUUGUUUUGUUCUGAGGUGUUUCCCUCCCUUUAGUCUCCUUUUCCUUUCUCCUCAGUUGGCCAUCUUGGACCUCUUUUCCCAUAUCAUCUCUAUAUGUAGGUCCAUCAAUAGCAUACAUCCAAGGCUAGAAGUCAGACCUGCAUGUUGGGUUGGUACUUUCUGUGCCUCAGGGGUCUGGGUGCUGGGGAAGGAACUUCUAAAAAUAAUAGAAAAAAACAGAACGGUGAAGUCUGCCUGCUUCAAUCCUGGAAGGCUGUUAGGCUUUGCUGACCAGGUUCAUUAGGAAUGACUUUGGCAGCCAGGCCCGCACCAGGCCUGCCCGAAACAGAGGCCUUCUGAGGAGCCAUGCCUCCACCACUCCAGAGGUGCACAGAGGCCUGCCCUUCGGGUCUUGGCGGCUACAAAGAUGUGGGAGCAGCCAACCAUCAGGAAGUCCCUCUUUGGGGUCAGAAAUCCUCUACCAGUGUAGAUCCCUCAAGCUGAGACUGCAUAACUAAAGCAGUUGCAGGUCUUCUGUCGUUUUGGGGUUUUUGUUUUGUUUUUUUCUUUUACUUUUUUUUAUGCUCUUUUUCCAAAAAUGAUUUGUAGUUGUGUGUGCAGCACUUUGCUCUAAUUUGUGUGUGCUCUACAAUAAAAACCAAAUCUAAUAUAUUUUGAAACAGUUGUCUGAUGUGGUAAGAGAAAGCCUGACCUUGUUUGUCCCUUCAUCUAUUUUCUUAACCUUCCAACUGGAUUUGGAGAAAUCAGAUUUAUCCAGUGCUCUGAAGAUAAUAGUCACUACACCUCUUGAUUGAUGGCUAAAGGUGGACUUGCCCUUGGCCCACUGCCCUCUCCCUUUCAAGGAGGAUGGCCUUCAAUAAACUAUAGUGACCCUGGACACACCUUGUUGAACCCUAGAAGCUACAUCCUCUUCCUGGCCUGGUAGAAAGGCAGCAGGCCAGUGCAAAUGCCACAAAUGGAGCUGGGCAAGGACAAGGAACUCUGGUAGAGGACGGCCAUUCUUCACUCCAUAGCCAGGUUCUUGAGCUACUGCUCCUGCCACCCUCUGGAUAGAACAUUGACAGAGCAGAUAGGAUAGGGUGAAGCUGGGACUCAGUGGGCUUCAGUUCAUUGGGGUCCCUAAUGUGGAUCCUAGAGUGUUGCCAGUUGUUUCUAUCUCCCCAGCUCUGCUUCAUGAUCUGAACCAGUUUGGUCAAAUUGCCACUGUGGAAUUUGGUCCAGCUAUUUCAUUAUCCAUGGACUGACUGGCCAGUACAGUUUGAAAAGCAGUGCUAGGACAGAAAGGACCAGGGCCUCUGUAUCAUAUGUGCAGUGGACUGGAGUGACACUGGAACUGAGAGAAAAGUACCAAAUGUCAUCCCAACGAUGAUGUUGGAGAAGUGGUGAUUCCACUCCAUGCUUGCAUGCCUUGCCCUAGGGACAAGGGAUGAUUCAGACUUGACCCCUGUGAUCUACCUGGAUAGUGUCCCCAUCCGUAUGAAGUAAUAGCCUUAGUUUCUUACACCUGACUCCCUGACUCUUUCCUGUUCCAGCCAUGGCACUGGGCCAAAAGCUUUGUUCCAUCAGCCCCUGACUUGCUCCAACAGUAAUUGGUGUCAGCCCCACCCACCUUCAGGAGCUCAUCCCAUUCCUCUAACCCUGUUGUGUGGAGGAAGAAACAGGUCUACAGAGUUCAGAAAAAUAAGAGUAUCCUAUAGGCCAGGCCCAGGAUGGGAGAGAGAUCUGUAUAUGACAUGCUUAGGUGCACAUAAGGUAUUUUAUGAUGUAUAGAUAGAAAGCAGUAGAGCCCAUUAACUAUAAGUGUAAAUGACAUGUACAGUGUGCUUGUAAGUCUCUAUAGCUAGUUGUUGCCCACAAAACACAGAUUGGCUUUUUGUUGAAAUACGGGAUUCAUCAUCUAUCUGUGGUUGUAGUUCAAACACCAUGUGAGAGAGAUGCUUGUUGUCCAUGUGUCUUAGCUUUUUCUAAGGCUGCCAAAACAUUGCCACAAACUUGAGAGCUUAAAAAGAUCUUGUCUCAAAAGGCAAAGCAGCCAGACAUGGUGCUUGUCUAUAAUCCUAACAGAAGCCAUAGGAGGAGUGUUGCAUGUAAGGCCAGCCUGGUCUACAUAAGGGAGCUUGAGGGCAAUGAGAACCUGUCUCAAAACAGAUACGUAAACUAUUUUAUGCUCCUGCCGAGGCUCUGGUGGGAGGCCCAGCCUCACCUCUUGUAAGCUUGGUAUGGCUCUAACCACUCUAGUUGCAAGUACGAUAGAUUCUUAGUUACAUGGCCUCUUUUGUAUACUACAUUUUUCUCAGUGCCUCUCUGCCCUCUCCACCGUGUGUGUGUGUGUGUGUGUGUGUGUGUGUGUGUGUGUGUGUGUGUUUGUGUGUGUAUAGAAAGGGUCUCACUCUUACCAAGGCUAGCCUUGAACUGGCAAUUUUGCCACUGCAUCCAACCUUUUCUGUCCCUGUCUUAACUGGGCAUUUGUAAUUGGAUAUAGGAACACCCACGUAAUUCACAGCGUCAUAGCCCCCACUUCCUUUUUUGGUAGUGCCAGGGAUGGAACCCAGUGCCUCUCCAGUGUUAGGCGAAGACUACCACUGAUCCACAUCCUAACCUCCACUCCUUGCAAAAGUAAAGUGUAUGCCUUUCAGAAGCUAGAACCUGAGAGCCUUGGGGGCCGCUGUGCAGCUUACCACGCUGCUCUUUUCUUCAAAAAUUAUUACUAAAUCUGUGACCUUUUGAUUCCUCUAAGAAAUUGUAUCAAUUGGAUUGAAAUUUCUCAGCACUAUUUUAUAAUUUAAUCUGGAUGAUAAUAUUUACUUCAUUGCUUGCAUUUUUUUUUUUUUUCUUUAGUGCUGGGGAUCAGAUCCAGGGCCUUGUGCAUUCUAGGCCUUGCAAAUGUUAGCUUUGCCCCCAGCAGCUCAUUGCUUUCUGUAAGUUUAAACUUAACGCUGUCCAACCUGGAACCACUGGACUCUGGCUUUUGAGCACUUGAAAUGUGGCUAGUUUCUAUUGAGAUAUGCUUUAUACACACCAGAAUUUGAAGUUAGUAUGAAAAAAAGAAUGUAAAAUAAAUAAUUGAUAACUUUAUAUUGAUUACAUGUUGAAAUACUAUUUUGGACAUACUGAGUUAAAUAAAAUACAUUAUUUAAAUUAA